AGGAGCUGGACCUCACCGCCUGCCGCCAGCUCAAGGACGAGGCCAUCAUGUACCUGGCGCGGCGGCGCGGAUCAGGCCUCCGCAGCCUCUCGCUGGCUGUCAACGCCAACGUGGGCGACACCGCGGUCCAGGAGCUGGCCCGGAACUGCCCUCGCCUGGAGCACCUAGAUCUCACCGGCUGCCUCCGCGUCGGAAGCGACGGCAUCAGGACGCUGGCCGAGUACUGCCCAGCGCUGCGCUCGCUGCGGGUGCGGCACUGCCACCACGUGGCGGAGCCCAGUUUGAGCCGCUUGCGGAAAAGAGGAGUGGACAUCGACGUGGAGCCCCCGCCGCACCAGGCUCUGGUGCUCCUGCAGGACAUGGCGGGCUUCGCGCCCUUUGUCAACUUGCAGGUCUGACUUCCUGUCUGGGGAGCCGGUGGAACUGUGUGGGGCGGCCUGGCACAGGGCUGCGGGGAGACUGGACUGUGGGAGCCCUGCCCCACCCUGGAACCUCAAAUAAAGACAUUUUGCCGUC